AUGUACCAGAACAUUGCGCGGGCCAACUUCUCUGCCGAGCGUGGUAUUCGGUAUGGCCAGGAUUUCUACGAUCAGAGGAUGCAGGCUAUGCGGAGGGUGAUGGUUGAUGCCAACGCCAACGCCAACGCCAACGCUGGCGAGGGCAAGGGCGAGGGCAAGGGCGCCAAUGUUCCCAUCUUUUCCGUCUCCGGCGAGAAUAGGUCUGUCUUGGAACAAGGCGGCACAAAUCAGAGUCAUGGUGCGCCAGAAAACAGCGCCGAGGAUGGCGGGGAUCGCCCGGAUCUGGAGACGAAAACCUGA